AUGAAGCAUAAACGGAAAAGGAAACAUCUUGAAACCACACGUUCCCCUAAAGCUGCCAGGAUGUCAGGAGUUUAUGAAGAACAUGUGGCUCAUAGAGGUCCGAAAGCAACGGAAGCUGCUGCUGCUGCUUCAGAGUGCGUCUCCUGUGUUCCUUGUGAGAAGAAGCCUGCUGGUGCUGGAGUCUCAAAGCUCCAGGCAUCGGGUGCACUGCCUUGGUAUUUGGAAGAUGAAACUGUGGGUCCCGAGAAAAAUAAUGGACCCUGUGAAUCCGAAUACUACACAUCUGACUCCUCUCUUGACUCAGCCUCUUGUGCUGAGAUCUUCAAGAAACAAAAGCAUAUUGGAGAGCCUAGUAAUCUUCCACAGAAGGAAUUAGAAAAUACCUCUACCUCAGAUUACCCCUCCUCUCUCUCUGACUACGAGGAUAGCGAAGUCACCGAGUUACCUGAAGAUGUUCCUCAUGUUGGGGCCCUUGAGAUGACUCCGCCCCAGGUCUGGGAGGAGCGGGAAGCUUCCUCCUCCGCCUCCUCCUCCUCUCCCUCCUCCUCCUCCUCUCCCUCCUCUUCCGCUUCCUCCUCUACCUCCUCCGCCUCCUCCUCUUCCUCCUCCUCUCCAGUCCCUGUGAGUCAGCAGGGUGAGUCCUCUCUGUUCCCACAACACAUGGACACAGCACCCAUCAGGGAAAUUUAUUACCGGCGUGUCUUUCUGAAAAGAGAUGUGACUGUCUGGUGGGGUGGGGUGGAAGUGUUGGAGCCCACCUCUAAAAAGACCAAACUGGUGCAGUGUGUUUUUUCUCAAGUGGCCCAAAAAACAUCUGGGGCCUUUUUAACACCAAAAAGCCAGAAUACUUUUCUGAGAAGACCCUCUUAUGUGUCUCCACCGAAACGCCUCACUGACAUGGAGUGCAGCUCGUAUAACAACGCCCUGCAGGGGAGGGAGCUGACUGGCAGUACAGGGGAGCCUCCAGCCCAAGAGGGCUCCAGGGCCAAGACACCCGAGGGGCUGGGGACCCUGGACAGCGGCUUCAGGUGCCUGGGCUGCUACCAGGUUUUCCACAGCUUGGAGGUCCUGCAGGCGCACGUUGAGAAUGCAGCCCGUGAGCGCUUCAGCUGCCACGUUUUCAACCGUGCCUUUGCUCAGAUGAUCAGCAAGUACAAGAAGAGAGCCCGAGAGCUGGGAGGAGAAAAUCAGGAUGAGAACGUUUACCUGCCAGACCAAAAACGUUCUCGCAUUAAGACAUCCUCCUGCAAGUAAACAGACGUUUCAGGCCCCAGAAGAGUGAAAGUGAAGCAGGCCAUCCUCUACUGAGCCACCACUACUGGCCCUUUCAGCUCCUCUUUUUUGAAGGACUUGGCUGGUUUAGCUGUUACUUUAAUUGAUUAAGCAUCCUCACUAACCCUUUAAUAAAUCAUUUUGCCUCAAUUAGCCAGUCAUUUACU